CAGUUUACAUAAGUUUUCCGGUUUUAUACCAGAAGUUUGGACUACAAAUAAUGCAAUAAUUGAAUUAUAACAGUACACUAUUAACUGUGUAUUUCAAAAUCGUAUUUUUUGCAAAUCGUCUCGAAGUUUCGAUCCCAAGCGGGUGGGGUGUCCCAUGGACAACAAUUGUUAAACACUCAAAGAGAGAGAAAGUUAGCGGGACUAAACCUCCGCGAGCACAUGGCAAUGUGCAUUCAACACCAUAUUCUUGAACUUGUCCGAAGCGCGCGUUCGUCAUAAAAUAAUACAAGAAAAUGAACAAAACCAUCUUCCUAUUCCUGCUGGCCUACGCCACUGCGACCAAACUCCUCGAAAUGGAGUACAAGGAAGGGACCAAAGUGGACCCGAAAUACUCCCUGCCCCAAGUGAACCUGAGUGCGAGUGACGGUAAUCAUACAGUGGUGCCGGCGAGUUUAGCCAGAGUUUUGAAUUUUUUUAAUUCGGAAAUUUUGGCGGCCAAUUGGGAAACGACGAAAAAGCUCGUCUCGUUAAGCUGCCGGAAGGAUGUGGAGCUGUAUCUCGAAGGACUCAGGAAGACCGAGAACUGGGCGUUGAAAAUGGACGAUGCCAGUGGCCGGUACUCUACAGGGUGGUUCUGGGGCAACCAAUACUGGACCGGCUCGCAAAGUUUAUGCGAAAAUAUUGUCCCAAGAAGCAAAUCCAUCGUAGUGAAUCCGGAGAAUCGGACACGAACUUCGAGAGAAGCUGAAGUACCUCGAAGGCCUUCAAGCCCAAGUCAGUCAGUCGGUUACGUCACCGGUCCUUUGAAAUUCUCCUCUCUGCCACCCUUCCCCAUAUCGUUCUUUAUGCUGCGAAUUGAUGUUAAUUCAAGCUUCACCACGGAAGAACGCAUCCUCCACAUUGGUCUCUGCAUGCCUUACGUUUGCACUGACUCUGAUAUUAAAGUAAUUAUGGAAGAAACAUCCAAAGCUUCAACCAAAGUCACGGUGAAAGUCGAAGCUGUGAGGUCGCACCACAACCGAUUCAACAUUUGGCAAGACCGAACGUUUAUCAUUUUAUGUGGCGUAACGUCGUUCGUUGUCGUUUGUUUGAUCAUUGGAACUUCGUACGAUUUCUAUUUGGAACACGAGGAAAAACGCAAAAAGCUCAUGUCUAUCAGUCAGACGCACCUAAAGCUUGAUAUGAGUAUGCCGGACACUAAAACGAAAAACGGUGUUUAUACUGUCAAUAACAACAACGAGGAGACUGAAGCUGGGCUUAAAACUGAAGCGAAACCGAGGACUUUGAGGGAUAUUGUUAAACUAAUAGUAAAGGAAACUGUACUUGCAUUUUCACUAAGGGCGAAUAUUAGGACGAUUUGUGACCAGUCUGUUAGCAGUGACACGAUUCCGGUCAUCCAUGGGCUUAAAUCCAUCAGCAUGGCUUGGGUUAUUUUGGGACACACUUGCAUUAUUGCAUUCAAAUAUUCAGACAACAUGGAGUACAGGAAAGUGGUCCAAAGAGAAUUUUUCUUCCAAACCAUCUCAAACGGAGCGUUCAGCGUAGAUACAUUUUUCUUUACUAGCGGUCUUCUAGUCUCAUUUUUGUACUUCAGAACAAACGCCAAGGGAAAACUAGCUCCCAUUACAAUUGGUCAUAAUGGUUUCAUUUCGGGAAUAACCCACUUUUUUGGCCUCAUCUUGUACAGAUUUGCACGAUUGACUGCGCCUUAUCUGUUCACUUUGGGCGUAGUUGAAGUAAUCAUGAAAUGGUUCAACUACAACUCAAUUUUCGAACCUCCGACCAUGGACCAUGUCAACUGUCCCAACUACUGGUGGAGGAACGUUCUGUACAUUAACACAUUAUUCCCAGUUGAAGAAAUGUGUAUGUUAUGGAGCUGGUAUUUAUCAGACGACACCCAAUUUUACAUCGUUGGUGCAGUGAUGUUGAUUCUAGCAGCCAGUCAUUUCAAGAGUGGCGCUUGUCUCUUGUUGAUUUUCAUGGUUAGUUCGUGGAUUACGACCGGUUAUAUAGCUUACAGCAACAGUCAUAUGCCAGGCUCGGAUGACCCUCUUGCCCUUUUUGACAAAAUUUACGACAAACCUUGGACCCGACUAGGCCCUUAUUUGAUCGGCAUGUGCGUUGGGUGGUUCCUUUUCAAGAAAAACUGCCAACUUACAAUGUCAAAGUUGGCCGUGGUGUCCGGCUGGACGGCCGCAAUAGCGUGUCUUUUAUCCCUUGUUUACGGUUUAUACGAGGCCAAUUUAUCGCCGCUAGCUGGCGCUGCUUACAGUGCAUUAAGUCACUCGGCUUGGGCUCUCGGUUUAGCAUGGAUUGUUGUGGCAUGUUCUACUGGAUAUGGAGGUUUUGCCAAUUCGGUUUUAUCAUCGACCAUUUUGUAUCCCUUCAGUCGGAUUACAUACUGUGCCUAUUUGCUACAUCCAGUGGUUAUUCGAGUGAUGACAAUGAGUAUGGAUAGUCCCCUCCAUUUGGGGAGUUUAGUCAUGAUUAUAAUUUUUCUGGGCCAAGUUGUGGCAUCGUAUGUUCUUUCGUUUUUCGUUUCUUUGGCGUUUGAAGCACCUGUUGUGUCCAUGUUGAGGAUAAUGACGAAGGUGGUAGGCACCAAAAAAUGAACAGUGACUGUGAAUAUAAGUUUGUUUUUAAAUUAUUAUUUUUAUGUAAAUAGUUGUGUACCUUUCAAGACUUUGUAGUUUGUAAACUAGUUUUAGGUUGUCAGGCUUUUACACAGCCUUAGAAUAAUUGUAUUUGUGUGUAAUUUGUUUUUUUAAUUAAUUGAAUGAAAAUCAUCGUAAUGCAAAAUCAGUAAGUGCUAAGAGCAACAUUAGAUUAAGAUAAACUUAAAAUUUUGUUAAGUGUUUUUUUGUGUCAACCACAUAAAAAAUUUUUCCAAAUGAUUUCUUGCCAGAUGUAAAUAAGCUGUAAAGUUCCAAUAAAAAAUAAACUUACACUUUAUGGUG